AUGGACUCGGAGUGUGUUCCGCAGCCCCCCAGGGUGUCUGUGCUGCAGGCCUGCGUCCGGGGCUUCUUGGUCCGUCGCCAGUUCCAGAGGCUUCAGGUUGAGUAUGAGACAAUCGUACGAGAGAUCGAGGGCGACCUGGGCACGCUGCGGUGGACUGGGGGCUGCAUUCCCAGACCGCGAUUUCUCCCAGAGAAGGCAAAGUCUAAUUGGUCCUGGAAAGCAGGAGAAAGGGUGCCAAACCCAGAGCAGGGACCAUGGAGACACUCGUCAUGGAAAGAGGCUGAGAGAGAGGCCGUCCGGGAGGAGACCGUGCUGCAGAAGUCUGGAGCCAGCUCAGGAAACCCUGGAGGUCUUCCCUGCAGGGAUGGCAGUUCCUGGCUUCAGGCUGAACUGAGUAGGAAAUCCAGGAGGCCCAGCCACGAGGAGACCAGCGACAUCUCAGGGGUGGAGGACCCAGCCACAGGUUCAGGGCUGCCCCACCACCAGCGUGAGCUCCAGGAGCUCCAGCACCACCGCAGCCACCUGGCCAUGGAGCUGCUGUGGCUGCAGCAGGCUGUCCGGAGCCGUAAGGAGUACCUGCUUCUCAAACAAACACUGAGAUCACCAGGGACAGGCCAGACCAGAGAUGACCCCAGCAUGUGCCCAGACCGUGAGAGGCAAGCCCAUGAGAGGGUUUGGGCACACCCAAGCCCAGCCCUGGAGGACUGGUCCUGCAGAGACACGGUCACUAGAGACCUGGACCCUGUGGGUGACUCUUGUCAGGGUGUCAGAUCACAACGCCGCAAGUCCCCAGAGAGUCUGGCUGCUGCAGAGGCCCACACUGAGUGCAGGAGACCAGCCACCGAAGGAACGGACCACAGCUGCUGACACCUUCAGCCGGCCCGGGCACAGGAGACAGGCUCCCCAAGGGCCAGGCCGCGGAGGGUGCACAGGCCUGCAGCAGACGAAACUGGUGGGAGAGCAGACUCCUGGAGGCCUCACCCUGAGGGGCCACUGUCCCAGGAAGUCUUGCACUCUGUGAAGACCCAGAUGUUGAGGACAAGUGUCCCAGAGUCAGGACCCGAGUGCUGGGCUCUCAGAUGCCCGCAUCACCAGGACUGGGACUCAGCAGGGCCAGAGCAUGGUGGCCUGGACCUCUGGAGGACCAACACCCAAGGGCCAGACUGUAGUGAAGUGACAGAGUGCAGCCACAGGGCUGAGCCUCAGGGAGCCUGGCUGGGAAGGACAGGAGAGCCAGGACUGCCCUAUAGAUCAAGCCACCUGGGCCCUGUCUGCCACAGGAUUGGACCAUGGGGGACAGCCAUGGAGCACGGAACCAGUGGGCCAGGUGCCAGAGGGGACCCUGAGGAAGGAGGACUUCACCCUCUCUUCCCAGUUCCAGCUCUGCCUCCCACUCCUGCCUCUCCCCGCUGGUGGCAAGUGGAGCUGUGCGAGGCGGGAGCGGAGAGCUGGCAUGAGUGUAGGGAGAGGACAGCCUUCCGUCCUCCACCUGAUAAGGCGUCGUGGGGGAAGCGCGGCGGGAGGGGCCCCUUGCAGAAUAAAGGCUUUGCCUAGA